AUGAACGACGAACAGUGUUGUGAAGGUGAAGUGGUACUUGAGGAAGAUUUGGAUUCUGACAAAGACGUUACUCAGGAACAGGAAGAAGACGCAGAAUUGGAACUGCAGCAUGAUCAAGACAAGAGACCAGAUGAUGAAUCUGCACAACCUGAAGAAGCUGCCAGUCCUCCAAAUCUAGAGGAAAAUUUGGAAGAAGCACAAGAAAAUGUAGAAACAACCUCUACAGACGUUAGAAUGGACGACGAUAUUGGUGGUGACUGGGAAGAACAGAAGCAACAGGAACCUCAAGAAGACGAGGAGGAGAUAGUAAGUUAUAGGCGAAGUGAACCAGAAGAGGUAAUUGAAGAAACUGAAGAAGUUUCAGACUUCGUCAGAAAUGAGGAGGAAGAAAAAGAAGAAGAGAAGGUAAGAGGGUUUCCACAGGAGAAGAGAAAAGAGUUGUCACCAGAAAGCCUUUCAUCAGCCGCCGAAAGCGCCGCAGCAGUUACAGAAAAAGGCAAGGUAUCAAACCUGAAAUCACUAUGGGAAACUAAUGCAAUAUAUAAAAAACCGGUAAUUAGAGAGGAUUACAAAAAAGAAUACGGCGUUGGAUCAGCACGUGUCAAAGUCGACACAUCAGCUUACGAAAAAGAUUCCCAAGAUGCGACGAACUGA